AUGGCAUUAUGGGAUAGCUCUCCCCAUCAUGGCGGAGCAGGUAGUUGGCUAACGUAUACGGUUAGCAUAUUCAACGAUUGUUUGCUUCCACACAUUGCAGGACUGCAGCUAUCUGGUGCUUUCUCCACGGGGGCCACAUCCACCGAACAUCCACUGGUGUUGAGUGAGGGAGCAGCACACCAGUAGAUUUAAGAGGGCCUUUUACAAAACCAGGGGCACCGGCACAAUGGAAUGUGCAGUGGAAAUCCCCUCAGGUGAAGAUGAGGCACCUGAGAAAGACAACGUGAAUGCCAAAGAAGGGAUUGAGCCACCCCACAAGAAAAACAAGAAGCACAGAAAACACAAGAGCAAGAAGAAGAGGAGAAAGAGGAAGGGGGAAAAGGAGAGCAGUUCAGAAUCUGGUGCUGAGUCGGAUGUGGAGCCACAACCAACACUGAAGCCUGUCAGGACCACCAGAGCCAGUGCUAGACUGGCUGCAGCUGCAGGAGUUGGAGACCAAGCUGGGCUGAAGGAGGAGGGCAAAAGGGAUGUAAUUACAGAUCGUGCAGAAACAGAGGGAGAUACAAAAUCCAAAAAACAUAAAAGACAUGCUGCCAAGAAGAAGAAAAAGAAGAGGAAGAAAGAUGAAAAGAAAUCCUCAUCUCACUCACCAUCUGAAAGCAGCUCAGCUUCAGGCUCUGAGUCUGACGGUGAAGGAGGGAAAGGGGCUGGUAAUGGCAAAUACUCUGCAGCUGCAGCAUCUGACCUGCAGGAACCAUUGUCCAAAUUGGUUUCAAAAAGCAAACGAGGAGAGAAACCUGAAAUGAUUGGAGCGAAGAAAGAGGAGAUAUCUGAUAUGGAUAUGUCCCCAUCUGGAGAGAAGGACAGUAACACCAAUCUAUCAGAAAAGGAUAUGAGGUUGCCCUCUGCAGGCCAGGAUGAGAUAACUCAGACGGCAACCGUUACAGUUAAGACUGAGGUUAGUCAUUCUGAUGGCACAUUCAGCCAUGCCCAGGAACUCCCUGACAUCAUCCCUAAACAGGAAGGUGCUACUCCAAGAGAUGACCCAGGCCUGAAAGAUCAGGCAAAUUCAGUUCAGAGGGCCACAGUUAAGGAGCUUGAUUCAUCCAGGUCCAAGUCUACUUCCCCUCCAAGGGGCCCAGAUAUUAAGAGGUCUGGGUCUAGUCGGAGUCGCACGCCAACACCUAGUCCUCGACGGGAACAGUCUGAUGGGCAAACAGCAGCAGCAGUGAAAGAACGGUCAAGAUCCCAUUCCAGGUCACCCUCAAAGGAAAAACAGUCGAUAACUCCUCUAAAGAGUCGACAGAUGUCCCGCUCUCGGUCCCGCUCUCAAUCCCCUAAAUCUAAGAGAAAGUCACUCUCCCCAGCCCGAAAGUCUCCCAAGAGAGCCAGCCGUCAGUCCCGCUCCACGUCCCGCUCCGUCACCCCCAAGAAGAAGGUGUCAAAAUCUCCAAGGAAGUCCAAGUCUCCUAAACGCCGGAGGAGUUCAUUGUCUGUCUCUCCAAAGCGACGCAGAAGUUCCCACUCUCCGAAAACCAAGGUGUCCCGCUCCCCAAAACGAAGUGGCCGCAGGUCCCCCUCUCUAUCGCGGUCUCCACGGAGAAAUAGAAGGUCGGAGUCCCGCACCCGCGGAGCCACAAGGCACUCCAGAGCCCGUUCACCUAGACGAGGCGGAGCAGUUGGUAGGCGUUCAAGGUCACGUUCCGUCAAUAGAACUCGUCGUUCCAGCUCUAGAUCGAGACGUCCCGUUCGUCGCUCCAGGACUCGGUCACCGGCAAGACGUGCAGGAGGCAGGCGCUCCAGGAGUCGAUCCUUGUCUCGACGCAGGAGGUCACCACCCCCCAGGCCCCGCCGCUCACGAUCCAGGUCCACCCGCAGGAGCAGGCGGACUCGCUCACGUUCUGUUGUAGUCCUUAAGCGCAACAGACGAUCCAGAACCAGGAGUCCUCGCAAACGGACCAAGUCCCGGUCGCCAGUCAAAAGGCGAUCCCGAUCCCCUGCCAGGAAAAAUCGUUCUCCACCGAGGUCUGGCAAACGCUCCAAAUCUCGCUCGUUGUCUCGAAGGCAUCGAUCUAAGUCACACUCACCAAUACCGGUCAAAAAGAUGUCUAGAUCUCCUCGGAAGAGCGGAAGAAGGUCAAAGUCUAAAUCUGUCUCGGCGGGCUUGAACAGGUCCAAGUCCAGGUCCAGGUCUGAGUCCAGUGAUGGGCGGUCUGACAGCUCCUCUCCUGCAAGAUCCACAUCUUCCUCUCCUGUUAAAGAGAUGAAGCCUUCCUCUCCUGUUAAAGUGGUGAAGCCUUCAUCUCCUGUGGCAGAGCAGAAAGCAGGUGCCUGGAAACCCAUGGCCUCAGCAGCUCCUGCCAGCCCUCAAGCUGGAAAAUCCUCAGAAGUGUUGGAUCAGCUACUCAAAUAUGUUGAAGUAGCACUUUCUCCCAACCAUGACAAGGAACAAAAGGAGUGUGCCAGGUCUUCCAAUGAACGAGAUGUUUCCAGGUCCAGGUCUGGUUCGAAAGAACCUGGCACUGGCCCAGAUGGGUCAGAUCGUUCAGAAGGCUCAGAUGAAGAAGAAGAUCCUUCCUCUCCAGUGAAAAUAGCAGCUAAAUGUCAGCGAAGCUCCUCAGGUUCGGCAUCUCCGGGGGUGAAGAAGUCACGCUCGCCUACAGAUCGCAGGAAACUUUCACGCUCAACUUCUUCACCUCGACGAUCAGCAUCCAAGUCUGCAACCAGAAGGAAGCAGUCUAGAUCCAAGUCUCCUGUGAGGAAAAGAGAAUCCGUUUCUCCAUCAGAAAGGAAGAAACGGCGGUCUAAAUCUCGGAGCCCUGCCCGGCGACGGAGGUCACGCUCCGCCGCUCGUCGUAGGCGAUCCCGAUCCAAGUCACGGAACAGAAACCGCAGAUCCAAGUCCCGCUCUCCGGCCCGAAAGAGACGCUCCCGCUCACCCAAUGCCCGCGGGAGGAGGAGGUCCAAGUCAACAGACAGAAGCAAGCGAUCCAAGAGCCGCUCCACAGGCCGGAGAAAAAGGUCCGUAGACAGAAGCAGGCGAUCAAGGUCCCGGUCUUCUGACCGCAGGCGCAGGUCCAGGUCGAGGGGGCGAGGGAGGCGCCCAGUGUUUCGCAGUCGUUCGUUUGAUAGGCGGGACAGGUGGAAAAGAGAACCCAGCCACUCUCCAGUUCUCAUCCUCCGCAAACAACGCCGAUCAGGUUCCCGGACACGACGCAGCACCAGCAAGACUCCUCCACGCCUCACUGAACUGGAUAAGGACCAGUUGUUGGAGAUAGCCAAAGCUAAUGCUGCUGCCAUGUGUGCAAAGGCCGGGGUGCCCAUUCCUGAAAGUCUUCGCCCGAAAGCCAUCCUCCAGCUCCCUCUACCCACGCCAUCCCCCACCCCCCUCUCUUUACCGCUACCUUUACCUCUCCCGAUGGGCAUGGGGAUGCCUAACAUGCCCAAUAUGCCCAACAUGGGUCCAAUGGGGUUACCCAAUAUUCCAGGAAUGCCCAGCAUGUCUAACAUGACAAUGAGUGCUGCUAUGGCAAGUAUGACAGCAGCUACUAUGACUGCUGCUUUGACCAACAUGGGUGCCCUGGCGGCCAUGCCUCCCCUAGCCCCGCUUCCCACCAUCACUAACAAGCCUCCCCCUUGUCUGGCCCCCCCAACGCCAACCCUUAACCUGGACCACAUUGAGGAAGCAAAGAGGAAGGUCACUCAGCAAGCCAAUAUACAUACCAUCAAGGAGCUUACUGAGAAGUGCAAGAUGAUUGCAAAUAGCAAGGAGGAGAUGGCCAUUGCGAGACCCCAUGUCUCAGAUGAUGAAUCCUAAAACCGCCAAGCCCUCAAGCCUCUCCCCUCAAAAGACUGAAGGAAAAUGUAAAAAAAACGCUUUUCAGGAGGACCUACCUUCCCACAGUUCCCUUUUGCAGCCAGACGACCUGACUGAGCCUCAUAAACCACCAAGAAAAAGAGCACCCCAGUUGUCACAGUUACAAUAUAAGCGCACCAGCCACUGUCCCACCCAGCUCCCCAUUUAGUUUCCGUUUGUGUGCGAGAGACGGGCAGACUGUCCCCUGAUACCACUGAGUAAACUGGACACACUGGCAUGUGUGCACAGUUGUAUGAGUGUGAGUCUGUGUGUGUGAAUUUAGUGUGUGUAUAUAGUGACUUUCACCACCUCAGUGUUGCUGCUCAUUUAAGCGGUCACUGACUGACUGACUGAAUAGGAAACAAACCAAACUAACUAGUGGCGCAAGUGUUUUUGUAAAAGAUUAGUUUCUCUAAAUUUGUUUUACUUUUAUGCUUUCUUAAACAAUUGUGUUAGGUGGAAACUGCUUCCUUGUUCUACUGUAUCGCCCCUCGAUUAUCUCUAGUCCCUGAUUUUUUUUUUUUUUUUUUUUUAAACAAAAUUACGCAGACACAGUUUUGUUAGAUCCUCACAUGUGAUUUGUUCACAUGUUGUGAAUCCUGGAACAGUAUGCCAGAUAUGAUUAUUUUGAAGGAAUGGACUAUGUGAAUAUAUUGGCUGCAAAAAGGAAAAGAUUAUCAUGACUCACAAGACAACAAAUUCAGUUAGCACUGCCCUGGGUGUGAUUUUUCAUUCCUUCUAUUUUAAACGGCACCAAUUUAACUGUUGAUUCUAACCUGUUCUUUCAUUUGGGCUUUGUUAGGGUUGUUUUUGCAACUCUGAUGGAAACACGCUUGCUGUAUAUUCAAAUAGAGGUUUCAUCUGCUAUACUUUUAACACCAGUAUCCUAACAUGCAGUGCUGUGUUUAUCAGAACACUAUAGUAAAUAAUCCAAGGCGCACAAAAGGCAGAAAAGUAGUAUUGGUACAUUUAUUUGGGUGCAAAUAUUUUAAAGGUAUCAUUUGUCAUUCAGGUUUGAUUUUGAAAGCAAUACCGGCCGACGGCUGUCUAGGAGAUCCCUGAAUGUGGGACCUUGCCAGCAGAACAGAACCUAGCGUAAUAUCCAUAAUCCCAGAUUCAGAUCACAACAGAGACGAAUUGACUGGUCCUUGAGCCACAAAGCUGUAGUUAUAUCAGUGUAACAGUUUGUUUUUGUUUCCGGACGGGAGAAAAAUGAACUUUCUUUAAUUUCACACUGUAAAUGAAGCUCAUUAUUACUUGUUAAGACCCACAUUUCUAAUUCAGUGUGGUUGAAUACACAUGUUUUUUUUAAAUACUUAUUGGAUAUGCUUUUGCCUUUCUUUUGCUGUUUACAUUAUUUGAAAAUAAUUUCUGUUGAUGGCUUUUAUCGAGCCACACAUGGACAUGAUGGUUAAUUUUCAUGCACCGGGGGUGACACAUUAUUAGUGGUUAAGAAAGGUGCAUAUUUUCCCAAACUGUGCCAUUGUGCCAAGCUUUUGUGUAUUAGACAAUCAGGUUCUUUGUCUCAAGAUGCUUCACUUUUGAAGAAAGAACUACAACCACACAAAAUAUGUACACAUCUUGCAGCAUUGUAUUCAGGAGGCAAAUAAGAGAGAAUUGUUUUGGAUAACUGUGCAAACGUAAUGAUAAACGCAUCAAGCCCUUUUUUCUUUAAUCCAUUAACACAUUUAAUAUCUGCUUUAUUGUUAAUUGUUGCUCUGGCCCAUAGUAGGUCUUCUGUGUGAGCUGUGUCUGGGUAAACAGGGUUCAUGUUUCACAGAAUACUUUUGUCCCGUUGGAAGAACAAUGACAAACUUGGUGCUUUUGGGAAAUCUAGCAGGGAGGUUUUUCAAGAAUAUUGCACUCAUAACUUGUUUAUUUUCAUUGCAGAGGGAAGUAAUUCUGUAUCCAUCCUUAGUUGACCUCCCACACCCAGGGCUGUUUGACUGUGGAAGAUAUCCUGUUAUGGUUUUGUCGAACUGUAACUAUACUGACUGUACCAAAAGCGUUGUUGAACUGUAGAAUUGAUUCCCUGAGGUAA